GUCUCCUGCUGGAAGGUAAAUAGCUCGUCUCAGCUAGCUGCAUUUCAUCACAGCUGCACAUCAGUAAAUGUCAACGCAUCCAUUCAUAAAUGACCGUUUGAAAAUGUAGUAUUUGGUUAUAUGUUUGCCUUCAACCAUCACCGCAAUCGAAAACUGCGAGGUUUUGACCGCUCUCAAAUGCCCCAGAAGUCAGAAGGUGGACCUGGUCCAUCUCUAAACGUGCAUAAUGUUGCCAAAGUAGUGGAACAGUCUUCAAAGGAAGAUUUUUCAUAGACUUUUAUGUCCAUUAACUUUAAUGCUUGUCUUCACCAUCAGUCUCUAGUUCCAAGAGCUAGUGUUUUGUUAGUGUCUCAGUAACAAUGCUGUUUUCUCUGCGAGAGCUGGUUCAAUGGCUGGGCUUUGCCACUUUCGAGCUGUUCCUCCACCUGGGUGCGCUGCUGGUCUUCAGCGUGUUGGUGGCACUGCACAUGGAUUUGGACAAGCAGACUUUGGACAUGAGCUGGUGGUUGGUCUUCUCGCCCUUGUUUGCCGCUGACGGCCUCAGCACCUACUUCACGGCCAUCGUAUCCAUCCGCCUCUAUCAGGAAGGAGAAAAGCGUCUGGCAGUGCUACGCUUGCUUUGGGUCCUGACCGUUCUCAGUCUCAAGCUGGUGUGCGAGGUGCUGCUUUGCCAGAAACUGGCUGAACAGGAUCAGGCACGUGACCUGUGGUUCGGUCUUAUCGUCUCCCCGCUGUUCAUCCUCCUACAACUGCUCAUGAUUCGUGCUUGUCGUGUAAAUUAAAGGACAAUCUGUAUGCCCAUAUGCCAAUGGAUGUAUUUAAAUCAGAUGGACUCCUGCAAACCAGGGGGGAGUGAAUCAUUGUAACAUCACUUUUUAUAUGUAUUCGGUUUCAUUAUUGAGUCAUGCAUGUGAACGUGGCGUAAUUGCAUCAUAUACAAUGCUAAAAGUAAUGUGUAAUUUUUGAUUGCUAUUGUCUUAAGUGCUUUAAAAGGUUUGAUCUGAAUUUUCUCAGAAUACUGUUUAUGUUACUUUAUCUGUGUUAAUACUUUGAUUGUUGUUUAUAAAAUUGUAAAUAAACAUUCAAACACUCAA